CGCCCGCCACUCAAGCACUCCCUUCCCCUGAACUAACUCCCUCCCGCCUCACGCCCACAAAAAAUUUCUCCGCUUCCCGCCCUCCUCCCCAAUGGCCUCGCCGGCGAAGCGUGCCAAGCCCUCGUCGCCGGCCAAGCCCUCGAGUUCGCCGCCUCAGGAAGAGGCGACCGCCGCCGCCGUCUCUGAGGACCCCGUCGUCCUCCUCCGCCGCCGCUGGGAACUUGCAUCCGUGCUCCACUUUCUCAGGGUGUUUGAGCCGGUGAUCGAGGCGAACUUGGGGCUAUCCGCGGAUGAGAUCGAGAUGGCACUCGCGUCCAACAACCGCGACCUAGCUCGCAUACACAUUGCCCUUUUGAAGGGAAUACCUCCAGUUAACAAACAUCUAAAAGAUGAGGAUGGAUGGAUUAUUGUAACUGCCAAAAAGCUAACAGAUUGGUGGUCGUGGGUUGCUGAAGGAGCAAACCCUUUCAGAAAUAAUUCAGGGAAAGAAGUCGAGAUGUAUAAGCAGCAAGAUCCAAUCAAGCGGUUGUUGAUACUAAAAGCGCUUUGUGAAGUCCGAUCUGAGCAAGAUGAUGCGGUGUGGUAUGUUAAUGAUGAAAUGAAGAAAGGAACUCAUAUUUCCAACUUUCGGAAAGAUAAACUAGGCAGUGGCAGUAGUGGGACUACAUACUGGUAUGACGGUGAUUCAACUAUUGGCCAUAGAUUAUACACAGAAGACGUAACAGUUAAUUUUAAGCAGAAUUGGAUGGGAAAGGGUGGCCGUUUGACAAAACCAGUUACCAAUAUUUACUGGGAAACAGUUGCAACUAACCUUGACGAGUUUCUUGAAAUAUCAGAGAAGUUAUCCAGAAAGGGUCGUGCUGAAUCUGCUAUUGCAGAUUAUCUUAAGACAGAAGUUAUUCCAGCUGUGGAGAAUUUUCAAAAGAAAAAAGAGAGACGUUUAAAACGGCAGGAGAAGAAGGACAAACUUUUAGCUUUUACUAACACAUUCCAAACCCGUUCAUUGCGGGAACGUCGGCCUGUCAGCUACAAUUACUCUGAUUUUGAUCGUUCCAUUGAGGAGGCGAUAAGAGCUGUACAGAAAGGAAAAGUACAAGGUUCACGUGAGGCAGGAACAGAAGAGAAACCUGCUUCACAUCAUGGAGACAAAGGUGCCGAUGGAAGAUCUGACAUCAAUUCUGAAAACAACAAAAAUGGAGGACAGGAGGAUGCCAAGUACCUAAGUGACCUGAGCUCUGGCGAUGAGGAAGACGGAGACUACAGUGACAGGGGUGUCAGCUCCGCUGACAGUGACGGAGACAAUAAUGCUUCUGAUUCCUACAAGAGCGACAUGGAGGAGGAUGUGUCUGUACCACGCAAGAGAACCCGUCUUGCUGCCCGUUUGGCAAAUGACAAGCCUCGGCCAGGGCUUCGUCGGAGCCAACGAAACAUGAAGAAUGAUGAAGAGACUAUGCAUCCAGGUCAGGUCACCCCUCCACCAAUGGCGAAGAAAACACUGAGGCAAAGGCCCACGCCUGUCUCCAAGCAGCCUGACAUUACUUUCUCGAGCUCUGAAGAUGAUCUUGCACAGGUUGUUGCAGACUCAGAGGAUGAAAGUGGGUAAUUUGGCAGAGGUUCGGUUGCAUGCGGUAUUUUGGAUUUUGCCUUGUGGGAGCCGGUUGAAUUCCACAGGUUUAGCGUCACUAGGCACUUCCAUAGUUUCACUUCUACCGGCUGGCCGGAAUCAGACGCAGACAGCACCGGCGUUUUCCCCAUAUCCGAUGUGUUAUCUUCACGAAGUCAUUGGGACACCUCUGACCCACUUGUAUGGUGAUUUGUACAUAUGCAUUUAGACACUAUACUGCGAUGCAUCACCACUGGAGCACCCAAAAAUCUUGCUGAUGAAAUGCUUCUGAUGUGAACUAUGUUAUCCAUGCAUUCGAAGAGAAAUGGUGCUUAUGUUUGCUUUAGAC